UCAUUUAAUUAUACUACUUGGUGGGUGGAUGGCAACAUCAAUAAAAAUACUUACUCUCUGCGUGUAUGGAUCCACAUCUGUGUUUCAUCUUGUUUUACUCCUCCUCUUGCAAUAACCAAACACUUUUUUGCUUGAUUUCAGUUUGAACCAGCAAUGGGCGCCGAAGCAAUUGCAUUCGACCUCGCCGUAGAGCUUAUUACUAAAUUGAGCUCCUUUACUCUCUCUCAAAUUGGACUGUGUUGGAAUGUCAAAGAUGACCUCCACGACCUCAAAAGCACUGUCUCUACAAUCAAAGCUGUGCUUCUUGACGCAGAAGAGCGAUCCGUGACCAGCCAACUCGUCAAAGAUUGGCUUGAAAAGCUGAGAGAUGUACUUUAUGACGCUGACGACUUGCUCGAUGAUUUCUCUGCCGAAGCUUUGCGGAAAGAUCUAUUGGGUGGGAACAAGCUGACGAAAGAGGCAAAGCACCAGAUCAAAAUCUCGAAAUGGACCAAUUGCAAAAACAACUUCGGGAAAAAAUUGGUGGGAAAAAAUAUUUGCUUGUUUUGGAUGACAUUUGGAAUGAUGAGUGGGGAAACUGGGUUAAUUUAAAAGAGUUAUUGGUAGGUGGGGCUAAAGGAAGUAGGAUAAUAGUAACUACUCGCUCUUCUAAGGUAGCCAAGAUCACUAGUAAAUGUCAGCCUCAUGUUCUAAAAGGAUUGUCUGAUGAUGAUGCUUGGUCUUUGUUCAAAGAGAUAGCAUUUGAGAAAGACCUACAGACUCAACAGAUUCAGGCUUUGUGGAAAUAGGAAAACUGAUUUUGGAAAGGUGUUGUGGAGUUCCUUUAGUCAUAAGGACGAUAGCUGGUACGCUAUCUUUUAAAGAAACUAAAAAUGAGUGGCUUUCUUUUAAAGAUAAUGAACUUGCUAAAAUAUCUCAGAACGAAUGUCAGAUUCUACUUAUACUUAAGUUGAGCUACGAUCAUCUCCCAUCCCGUUUAAAGCAUUGCUUUGUUUAUUGCCGAUUGUAUCCAAAAGAUUAUGUAAUUCGUGUACAAACUCUUGUUCAACUUUGGAUUGCACAAGGUUUUGUAAAGCAAUUUAAUCAAAGUAAAUCUCUUGAGGA